UUGAGGCAGCUGCUUCCAGCUCCUCGACAGAUCUCGUCUGUGGCAGACAGUGAGCCAGUGAGUGAGUAGCGAGCUCGUGCGCGCCAGCGACUGACACGCGCGGAGAGGAAGAACCAGCGUCCAGCGUCCGUUCAACUCACUUCGAGCACUGGCCGCUGUCCAUCAGGACCUGCUCAAAAUGAUCCGGACCGUCCUCUGUUUCCUCGGAUUGCUCGUCGGUGGCAGUCAAGGUGUCCUCCAAGUGUCAAUCUCGCUAAAAAAGGUGGAGCUGAGCGUCGGAGAGUCCAAGUUUUUCACAUGCACAGUGAUUGGGGAGCCUGUGAGUCUGGACUGGUAUAACCCGCAGGGGGAGCGGAUGGUCCCGUCUCAGCGGGUGGCCCUGCACAAUGAAGGUGUUCGUUCCAGACUCACCCUCUAUAAUGCCAAAAUAGAAGAUGCUGGCAUCUACCGGUGCCAGGCCAACGACGCACAGGGACAUACACAGGAGGCCACUGUGGUGCUGGAAAUCUACCAGAAGCUGACGUUCAGAGAUGUGAGGUCUCCUCAGGAGUUUCGACAGGGUGACGUGGCUGAAGUGGUCUGUGAUGUCACCAGCUCCCCUGUUCCUGUGGUCUCCUGGUUUUACAACAAUGUGGAGAUCAUUGAAGAUACUGAGAACAUCCUCAUCACCAGCAGUUCAAUUGUAGGACUGCCUCCGAGGUUAGAACUAUUUAACCCUGGAGAGUGGACAAAGCUUGCUGAGCUGCUCUGGUGUGAGAUUGAACCCCAGCCGAAGGGAGUGCAGCUCCAGGAAUCGGAGCGGUAUGUAAUGAGAGCUCGAGGUACGACGCUCACAGUUCGAAACAUUCAACAGGACGAUGGGGGCUCCUACACCUGCAAAGCCUCUAACAAGGCAGGAGAAGUUGAGCAUGAACUGUUUCUCAAGGUUUUUGUCCAGCCCCACAUUACUAAGUUAAGGAAUGUGACGGCGGUGGAAGGCAGCGCUGCUAUGAUCUCCUGCAAGGCUGAAGGUGAACCUUUGCCUGAAAUCUCAUGGAGGAGAGCAAGUGAUGGACACAGCUUUUCAGAUGGAGAUCAGAGUCCAGACGGCCGUGUGGAGGUGCGAGGCCGUUAUGGCGAAUCCAUGCUGACUAUUGUUGGAGUCAAGCUAUCUGACUGGGGACGCUUUGACUGUGAGGCUCUCAGCAGGAUCGGUGGACAUCAGAAGAGCAUGUUCCUGGAUAUUGAGUAUGCACCAAAGUUCCAGACCAACCACACUAUAUUUUUCUCGUGGGAAGGGAACCCAGUCAACAUUAGCUGUGAUGUUAUGUCUAACCCUCCGGCCACAAUGCUGUGGAGACGGGAAAAGUUGACCAUCCCUACUGAGGGUGCUGGAAACAUGCGUGUACACAGUGCCCCUGGCAGAUCUCUCCUCGAGGUUACCCCGAUGUCAGACAGAGAUUUUGGCCGUUACAACUGUACAGCCAGAAACAACAUUGGGAUGCGCUUUCAGGAGUUCAUCCUAGCACAAGCAGAUGUUCCCUCAAACCCUUACUCCGUUCGGCUGAGCUCUGUGGCACAGCGCGUGGCCACCGUUACCUUCACGAAGCCAGACUCUCAUGGCGGCGUACCCAUCAGUCACUACCUGGUCAAAUACAAAGACAUCAGCUCACAGGACUGGAAGGAUGUGAAAUCACAGGGGACGCAGACAGUCGUGUUGCUCACUAACCUUGAGCCCAACACGACCUACGAGGUGAGAGUAGCCGCGGUGAACGGAAAAGGUCAAGGGGAGUUCAGCCGCACAGAGAGCUUUCAAACUCUGCCUAUACGAGAGCCCAGUCCCCCUUCGGUUCAGGGUCAGCGAGGGGUGGGGAAGGCAUACAGACUGGGUCUGGUCAAGCAGGAUGAUGGAGGAAUGCCCAUCCUGGAGUAUAUUGUCAAAUACAAAACAGAUAAAGAAGAACAGUGGAUGACUAAACUGGUUCCAGGGGUGAAUGAUUUCGUGUUGUUGCAACCGCUCCAGUGGAAUACACAGUAUGAGGUGGAAAUCACCGCACGCAAUGUCAAAGGCCUGUCUGAACCCACCUUUGUAAAGUUCUCCAUGCCUCAGAAACCUGACAUCACAGAUUCGCUGUUCAGCGGCCUAGGCCUGGGCGCAGUGGUUGGGCUGGGGUUAGCUGGCCUGCUGCUGCUGCUCGUGCUAGUGGACGUCAGCUGCUUCUUCCUGCGCCAGUGCGGCAUGCUCAUGUGCAUCACCCGCAAGCUCUGCAGCAAAAAGACAGCCACAGGCGGCAAGAGCAAAGAGCUAGAGGAGGGCAAAGCUGCCUACCUGAAACUGCCACUAAAAGAGGAAAACGGCAAGGAGACGCUGAAACCAGACACGAUCGAAAUCAAAGUUCACGGUGACAAUAGCCUACACAUGACACAUGAGGACAGUAAAGCGUAAUGGAGGCCCUGCUAUCCUCUAAAAGAACAUGCAAAGUGAGCCACCCGGAGACCAACGGCAAGCAAAUUAAUGAGAAUACAAGCAAGAACACGCCAACCAAUUGUAAGAUCCUUUGUUAGAGACUCGUCGUCGGGGUAUCAGAAGAGGCCACACGAUAACUGCUUUGUGAAACAUUUUUCGGAGGUUGCCGCUCAACAAACAGGCUCCUGUUUAUUUGUGCUUGUUCUUGCUUGUUUUGGGCCUCUUUUUUUUUUUGGUUUGUUUUUGUUUUUUCAAGGCUUUGCUAUUGCUUUGAGUCUGAUUCUUUGUUACUUAAAGAGGUUGGGUUUACGCCGUAAGCUUCAUGUUUUCUCUUGCUCUCUCAUUCCCUCUUUCUUUGGGAUCCGGCUGUUGCACUUUUCCAGUGUGGUUGUGCAAUCAUCGCUUUUUAAUGCAGUACGUGUGGAAAUCCCCCACCUCUUUUUGCGGUCCGUGUUGUAGUUUUGGGUCACUGUUUGGGUAACGUGUUUAUUUUCUAGCCUUUUUGCCACUAUAUGUCUCGCCCAAAUGCAAAGUAAUUACCGAAUGCUCAGUAGUAAAGUGAGGAUCAACCACAUUUGACCUCAAACUGAGUACAUGGUACAUGGGUGGUCCCGGUAUUGAGCGCUGACACAUGCCCAACUCUUCGGCUUGAAUGAUGAAUUUGUCAUAGAUUACAAGUGUUUUUGUGGAUGAAAAUAUGUCCUCGUUUUAAACGCUAUUGUUUCAUCAGAGUCAAAGGAGCAUAGCUUGAGUCAUACUUUCAUGUCAAGAUAUUUCGGAAACAAAAAAAGAGUGCAUUCCCUUUAGAAGCGUGUGAAAGUUUGUAAGUGGGUGCAUCUGAGCAUGGACGUGUUGUCUUUGGGGUGUUUGGAUGCGUGUACUAGCGAGCAUGGAGUGUAGAAUGAGAGUGACAUGUAAAGAAAGUAGAGGUUGCCAAGUUUUACGUGAAUAUAAGAAAAACAUUAUAAAUACCUAUUCAAAUACACCAAUGUAAAUAUACUGGUUAUUUCUUUGGAAUGUUUCACAAACCGGAUUCAUUCCAGGUUCUGUCUUAGUGUCACACAUCACUGAUUAUGAAUUAUGUUUUAUCAAAAUUGUCUAUCUUUCAAAAAAGAUAUUGUGUCCAACUGACUUAAAGAUAUCAAGAGCUAAAGAAGGGCAGAUGCCCAGGAAACUGGGUUCAGAGGUAUCGCUAUAUAGUUCGCUUUUUUGGAAAUCAAAUCUAUGCCAUUUUGGGAUCUUUUGAGAGAAGGUGCUUUGGUUAUAUGAGAGAUGAGGUGUCUGCCGGUGAUCAGGAUUUUAGUGUUGCAAUAACAUGGAUGGGAACGGCAUACUGCUUAGACGCAUGCUCAUUUUACCAGAGUUUGAGAAUUAAGUCUCGAGAUCCAUGUUCAUGUUCACUUUAGUUUGGGCCAACAAAUUUCUCCCAAAAAAGUUUUUUGCAUUAUUUCAGCAUUGUAUUUCAUAUACACCUGGCUCUCCACAUUCAGCGCAAGAGAACAUUGUGGAAUGUUGCCCAUUUCUUUUCAGCAAUCUAAAGGGAGCACUCCAUAAGCCCAACUGUACUUGUGGAAUUCUUGUAAUCCAGUGUAAUUUUUCUUCUGUAAAUAAAAG